AUGGCUCGACCAAAAGCCCUCCUCUUGGGCGAGAUACUUUAUGCCGACAAAACGUGGGAUGCAUUGAGCGAUGUUGCAGACCUGAUCACAACACAAGCCACCAAUCGAGCCGAAUUCGUCCAGCAAUGCAAAGACGGAAAAUUCGACGGUGUGGUGGCGGCGUAUCGAACAUUUGGCUCCAUCUCUAUCACAGGGCCUUUUGAUGAAGAGCUUGUGUCGGUUCUGCCAAAGUCACUUUUGUUUGUUGCACAUUGCGGAGCUGGAUAUGACCAGAUAGAUGUCCACGCCUGCAGUGCGCGUGAUCCCCCGAUACGCGUAUCCAAUGUCCCUACAGUCGUCGACGAUUCCACUGCAGAUGUGAACAUGUUCCUCAUCCUCGGUGCGCUACGCAACUUCAACACGGGCAUGGUCGCUCUUCGAGAGGGCAAAUGGCGUGGUCAACCUAACCCGAGUCUCGGCCAUGAUCCCGAGGGUAAAGUAUUAGGCAUCUUGGGCAUGGGAGGUAUCGGACGAAACUUGAAAAGGAAGGCGGAGGCCUUUGGCAUGAAGGUCAUUUAUCACAAUAGGCGACAACUCAGUGACACUUUGGCCGAUGGCGCUGAGUACGUUUCAUUCGACGAUUUGUUGGCGAAGAGCGAUGUGAUCAGUUUGAAUCUACCUCUUAACAUGACUGCCUCCCAGAAACACACCCGUCACAUCAUUGGCAAGCCUGAAUUCGAGAAGAUGAAGGAUGGCGUUGUGGUCGUCAACACAGCUCGAGGGGCAGUCAUAGACGAAGCGGCUCUAGUUGAGGCCCUGGACAGCGGCAAGGUCUUCUCUGCUGGUCUAGAUGUAUUCGAAGAAGAGCCCAAGGUUCAUCCAGGUCUAUUACGGAAUCCGAAUGUCAUGCUGGUGCCUCAUAUGGGAACCUGGACUUUUGAAACGAUAACUGCAAUGGAAGAAUGGACUAUUGCCAAUGUGCGCCAGGCUGUUGAGAAAGGAACAUUGAAGAGCAUUGUGCCCGAGCAGGUGAAUCUCUGA